AUGGGCACUCCGCCCGCUCCCUCAUCAUCGUCCACUACCCCUUCCUCCUCCACGUCCACCUCUGCAUCCUCGGCCGCGCCCGACGCGUUUUCCGUCGCCGCACUCAAGGCCGCACUCACCGCGUACCGGAAUCCAAUCUUGCCAGGAUGGAACCCCGACCCGACAGUGUGUAAUGUGCCCGGAAAGGGAUACUUUCUGGCCACAGGCAGCGGCGAGUACAGCCCCGGGCUGCCAGUGUACCACUCCAUCGACCUGUUUACGUGGGAGCUCCUUGGCCACGCCAUCAAGCGCGUGCCCGCACCCCUCGGCGCGCCGACACUGCGCUACCACGCAGGACACCACUACAUGGUCGUCACGGCCGCCGCCGCCGCCGACUCGACACACCCGCAGAUCCUACUCGUGUCCACGCCCGACAUCUUUGACGAGGCCCGCUGGGGCGAGCCCGUCGUCAUCGAGGCGAGCGGUACCGAGCCCGACCUCCUCUUCGACGACGACAUGGCCUACCUCUCAUACACCUCGCCGUCGUCCACCGAGCGCCUCAUCGUCUCGAUUGACAUCGACACCGGCCGCAACCUCUCGCAGCCCAAGGUGCUCGAGCACCAGGGCCGCCUCCUGAAGCGUGCGGGAUGGUACUACAUGCUCACGUCGUCGGACGACGGCGCCUCGGCGAGCGUGUACCGCUCCCGCGAGCUGGGGAUGGAGGCCGACGACGGCGAGCCACAGUGGGAGGGCGCGCCGCGGAACCCCAUCCUGGCGAAUGGCGACCACGCCGACGUGCGCGGUACAGUCCGCCUGGACAUUGUGCGCGGCGAGCGCGGCUGGUCGGCCAUCUUCCGCGCCAUGCGGAGCCGGAGCGCGCGCGGAAGCCGCGCGGGUUCUGCAGCGGGCGCGUCAACGCCGAGCUCGAGCUCGAGCGCAAGCGCAGGCUCACGGCCCACACCCACCGGGGCCGACGCUGACGCAUGGUCCGACUCGCACCUCGGCGCCGAGACGUACAUGGCCCCCGUGGAGUGGCGGGACGGCUGGCCCGUGAUCAACGGCGGGGAGCACAUCGAGCUCGUGGGCAAUGCCGAGGGCAUGCGGUUGUUGCCCGAGCGCGACGAGUGGGUGGACGAGUUUGACAGGGAGGAUCUGAGUAUCGGAUGGUACACGGCCCGCAAGCCAAGCUACACCCUCGGCCAGCGCGGCCUCGCCCUCGUCCCCGCGCCACUGGCACGGGACUCGGCCACCCCACCGCCCAUGCUCCUCCAGCGCCAGCUGGGCUUCGACAUGGACUGGGAGACGCGCGUCGCCAUCCCCACCACACCUAUCGAGGCCGGCACAGUCCUCUGCGCUGGCCCCAGCUGGGCCGGCGUCGCCGUUCGUGGCGGGUCAGCACCGACCAUUGUCUUCCGCAGCGCGACCACCAGCUCGAGCCCCGAGCCCACGACCACCGCCCCGCUCGUCCUGGACACGGCGGGCCUGCAGGUAUCUGUGGUCCUGCGGAUCCGCGCGCGCCGCGAUGCGUACGAGUUUGUGUACGUCACGGCCGGGACGGGCGACGAGGUCGUGCUGGGGUCGGUGCCGAGUGCCGCGUUUGCAGUGGCGGGCAGCGGCGCGCACCUUGGCGUGUACGCUGUGCGCACCGAGGGUGAGGAGAGUGGCGCAGAGGAGGCGUGCUUUGCGUACACAAAGUGGGUGAGGGUGGAGGUGUAG